CUAAAGUUCGGAUGCAAAUAAAACUACAAUAAACGUGAAUAACGUCGUCUCAGUGUGAAGUAAGGUGGAUUGUUAACCUGCGAAAGUUUGAUGCGGAUGUGGGGAAAGACUUUGUCUUUCGGAUGAACAGUUUUGAAGGUUUAUUUCUCCAGGAUUUUGGAUGGAGGAAUAAAAUCCACGGCGCAUGAGUGCUGUUCACAAUAAACUCGCAUGUAGAACAUCGGCUGUUUUGUUUAAAAGGCUUUAAAACAUUUUCCAAAGGUUCUGUUUUAGAAAUGCGGUGGAUUUGGACAGGAAUUGUGCCUCUGGCACUGUUGGUUUUGGUGACACUGUUUUCUGCCGGCAUCUGGAGGAGAGAACAGGAGGAUCAUGUGUCUGCGAGUGGAGGACCAAGAGAAUCACCAGUUCGAGCCAAACGCUAUGCCAUCAACCCGCUAGGCUACAAGUGGGAUCACUUCAACAUUACCUACAAGAUCACAACAUUCCCCAAUACACUGAAUAAAGACGACACCCGUAAAGCCAUCAGUAUCGCCUUCACCAAAUGGAGUGAUGUCUCAUCUCUGACCUUUACAGAAAUCACCAACACAAAUAAAAGUGCUGAUAUCAUUAUUGGUUUCUACACGUUUAAUCACACAGACUGCUGGUGGUCUCCGCUGCACCCAUGCUUUGAUGGGCUGAAUGGAGAGCUGGCUCAUGCCUUCCUGCCGCCACGGGGGGAGAUUCACUUUGACAACCAUGAGUUCUGGAUCCUGGGCAAAUCUCGUUUCAGCUGGAAACAGGGUGUAUGGCUUAAUGACCUAGUUCAGGUAGCAGCCCAUGAGAUCGGUCAUGCUCUUGGUCUGUGGCAUUCACGUGACCCCAGCGCUCUGAUGCACCCCAAUGCCACGUACACAGGGCAGCGAGACAUUGCUCAGGAUGAUAUCUGGGGAAUUCAGCGUCUUUAUGGCUGCUUAGAUAAGAAGCGUGUGUGUGACCCCUGGGCGCGAUUAGGCUUCUGUGAGAGUAGACGGAGUUUCAUGAAGAAAUACUGCCCUCAGCGCUGUGACCUGUGUUACGAGCCCCCGGAAGCUGGGUCGACUCCCACUCCUCCUCCUGCCAACGUCAAGAUUAAGAUGGUGCCUCGGGGAAAAGUAGUGGGCUUCCGCUGUGGGACCAAAAACACGAAAGUGCCUCCAAAAGUCAGGUGGUAUAAGGAUGGAGAACAGCUGCUGACCUCUAUCCCUGGCUACAUUGCCAUCAAAGAUCGCAAUCUGCGCAUCGUGGCUAACGAAUUCAAUGAGGGAACGUACACCUGCCAGAUCCACCGGCGUGGCAGUGUCAUUUCAGCUAACUCGUGGGCCAUCAGGCUGAAACCGGAACGUCCCUCGAACAACAGUUGAUGGCGGUGGAGUAACGGAGAAGCACUUACACUACCUCCUUCACUCUUAAUCACUCAAAGCGACUCCUUACCUCACAUUCAGAGUCUCUCAGUGAAGGAUAUCAUGGACCAGGUUCAUUCAGAAAUGCUUCAGAUGACUCAAGCUGAAACACAAGGGCUGUACAGUAGAAACAUAAGCAUUUAGGGC